UGUGAGGGGCCAGCAGACUGACCUGGCCCUCGAAGAACACACGCGACCUAGGACAGACAGGCAGCGCCCAAGUCGCUCCCUCUCCGCUCCCUUCUGGGGAAGCUGCGCACCCGACGGCUCCGGGAAGAAAGGUCGCUUGGAUAGCUCAGUGCCCAAGAAGACGCCCAUGGACUGCAGCAACAGCGGCUCUGGGAGCAGCCAGCCCAACUCUAGCCCGGAGCCAGAUCCUCCGCUCCCCACCACGGCCGCUGCCCGGGAUGCUGGCGGUUCUCCGGCCGCGUCCGGGCCGGGGCCCCGUGCAGGGAGCGGGAGGCCAGCGGCUGCCAACGCUGCCCGGGAGCGAAGUCGGGUGCAGACUUUGCGGCAUGCCUUCCUGGAGCUUCAGAGGACCCUGCCCUCUGUGCCUCCAGACACCAAGCUCUCCAAGCUCGACGUGCUGCUGCUGGCCACCACUUAUAUCGCCCACCUCACCCGCAGCCUUCAGGAUGAGGAGGACGCGCCCUCAGACCCCGGGCUGGGCGCUUUGCGCGGCGAUGGCUACUUGCACCCGGUCAAGAAAUGGCCCAUGCGAUCAAGAUUAUACAUUGGUGCUACAGGCCAGUUUCUGAGUCAUUCUGUGCUAGAAGAAAAACCCAAUCCGGGAGAUGCCUCAGCAGACUCACAACCUUAG